AUGUUCGAGACGCUGGUGACGGGGCUGCUGACCAGCGCGCUGGGCAGCUACAUCGAGCCCAAGUGCUUCAGCAGCGACAAGAUCAAUGUGGCGGUCUGGUCGGGCUACGUGGUGCUCACGGAGCUGGAGGUCAAGCCCGAGGUGGUGGCGGACCUGCCGGCCGUGCGCCUCGUGCGCGGCCUCGUGGGCUCCAUCGAGCUCAAGAUCCCGUGGAACCGGCUGCAGUCCGACUCGGUGGUGGCCACGGUGGACGACGUGUAUCUGCUGCUGCGCACGGAGGAGGACAUCGACGCCGUCAUGCGCCAGAUGGACGAGUUCACGCUCAAGAACAAGCUGCUGGAGGAGCUCUACGCGCAGGCCAAGCGCCAGGAGGAGAAGAGCGCGGACGGAGCCGACGCCGCCGCCGCUGGCGAGGACGGAUUCGCCGCCAGACUAAUCAACAAGAUCAUCGACAACCUGGAGCUGCACAUUCGGCGGAUUCAUAUCCGGAUAGAGGACCACAGUUCGGGAGACCACCCGUUCGCGAUGGGGCUGACGAUCGAGUCCGUGCACGUGCAGUCGACGAACUCGAGCUGGCAGCCAUCGUACGUGGACACGGCCAAGAACAACGAGCCGCGGAUUUUCAAGAUCGUCGAGCUCAACCACUUGAGCGUGUACUGCAACCCGGACUGCGAGUUGCAGCGCGACCGGCAGAUCGACUUUGAGACCUGCUCUGCGGAGGAGUUUUCCAGCGCCUUUAGCCGGGCGAUCCCUAAGCGGUUUGACGACAGGCAUUAUCACCAUAUGCAGCUGUAUCCGUCGCAGCAGCAACAUCACUUCCUGCUCAAGCCGAUUGACGCUAGUGCUAGACUCAUUGUGAACCGCGAUGUGUUCGAGGCAAACGUGCCGAAGUUUGAGGUCGAUGUGAAUGUUUCCGAGGUGGCGUUUCGACUGGAGGAGUCACAGUACUGUGAUAUGCUGUACUUGGCCUCAGCACUGCAGAUCCCGGAUCAUUACACGAAGUACCAACGGUACCGCAAGUUUAGGCCGCAAGCAUCUGUGUUUGAUGAUCCGGCGGAAUGGUGGAGGUAUGCCGUUACAGCUGUGCUGAAGGAUCAGCAGGCAAAGAAGCAGCAAUGGACGUGGGGCUUCAUGCAGAAUCGACGCGAGGAUCGCAAGCGUUACGUGGGCUUGUGGCAGCUUAAAUCACGCCAGUUACUGGAGCUUGCAGAUGUGGAUUACAAAACAGGCCAAUCUCCACUUGAUCAUGCAAGUCUUCAAAAACUGUCGUCCUUUGAAAUUGAUGCCGGUUUAGAGGAAAUUGAGCGUCGUAGAAGCGUAGAGGAUGUGUUAUUUUUCCGCUACUUGGCUGAUCUUGAAGUUCGGGAAUUUCAGGCGACUCGGGCUUCUCGUGUGCGACGCCGGCUUCCAACUCCGCCAACACACAAGUCGCAGGCUUUUUCAGAUACAGAAUCGGUGGAUACAGAAUUUACUGAGUCCAGUGUGCCAGCAGAGGUGCGUUAUCGCUCGUGGGGCGCGUGGAUGUUUGGUUGGACAUCCAAGCUAGCAACGCCUUAUCCAGAUGGAGAGUCUGGACAAGCUCCUCAUCGAAUUAUACCUGAGGUGGAGCUGCGGGAGCUCUUCAAAAUUUUAGAGGAGCCCUCUCGGCGAACGAAGAAACGAAUGCAUAACAAACACCGUGAUGCUGGUGGACAAGACGACGUUUCCGAUAGCGAGUCGCAAAUGGAGCUCAGCGAGCUAUAUCGUGUUACGGUGACAUUGCAGAGAGGUUCACUGACUUUGGCAAGCGAUCCAGAAACAAACAAAACGCUGCUCCGAGAUGACCCAAGCUAUGGGCGAAAGUAUGCCCCAACCGAUUUCCUGCUCGGUACAUUCUCUCAGCUCCAAGUGGCUGCAGUUGCGCGAGAUGAAACGGUGGUGGUAGACGUAUCGCUGCAGUCUAUCGAGGCGUUUGAUGAAAGCGCAGAAAGCUCAGCUUUUUCUCGUCUGCUUAGUAGGAAGCAAACUAUUCGUCCUGCUGGCGACGGAGAUGACGUGAACGUGAGCAAACUGUCUGGCGUUGUGUUCUUGAUGAGCUAUGAGAUGAAUCCGGCGAACUCAAGUGCAGAUGCCUCGUUGUUUGUUCACAUGGAGCCGCUGGAAAUUGUGUUUUCGCCAACAGCACGAUGCUGGGGACGAUUGGCAAAGUUUGUGGAUACCCCGACGAGUUUGGGCCUUUGGGAGGAGCUGGAAGUGGCAUCAUUUAAUGAUAUUGUCAACCUAAAGGCAAGAACGGAAGCGAAGCUGGAUUAUGUGCUGGAGAACCGAGUUGCACUAGCUGUGGAUCUUCGAAUUCAAGCCCCUGUUAUUAUCGUUCCUGAGAGCGAUACUGACUACAAUUGCGCACGCCUCGUGGUUGACCUUGGACGGAUCAACUUUCGGACAGAUCGUCUUAGUCAAAUGGAUAGCGAUCAUAUGAGCAUGAGCUCAACGGGCGGACCACCAUCGAGCCGAUCAGCACCGGGGUCUCUUGCACUUCUAGGCCCGUCGCAUUUUCGAGGUGUGAACUCGAAUACAUCCUUCGUGCAGCAGCUUUACGAUGAAGCGGAGAGAGGAGAGGGGGCAAUUCGCUGGAAAGAAGAGUUCUAUGACAAGUUCAGUCUUUCGAUUACGAACAUUCACGUUUUGUUGAUUCCUUACGGAAAGACGAGUCGGGUCCAAGACGAUGGAGCAGGAAGCAAUGGAAUGAACUACCCGUCCGUUUCGCUCCCGCCUUACCUGACUGAUAUCUAUGACGAAGAACAAGAGUACGAGCUGGUCGAGCGCUUCAACAUCAACGUGACCGUUCGAACGUCAAUCUUACCUCUCGACGCGACGUUGACACGGUUUUACGUUCACGCAGAUCUCCCUGCUCUAACGUUUAAUUUGUCACUGGAGAAAUACUUCCAGCUGCUGGCUUUGGCUGAUCGAUUUAGCUUGGCAAAUGCCGAGGCACCGAAGAAAACGCGAAAAUAUUCGGGCGGCGCCUUUUACUCGGCGGAUGAUGAGUAUGGAAAUGCUAUGAACAUGCCAGACUCGGACGACGGAUAUGAAGCCAUGAGGAGGGGAAGCUUCCUCAGUACGUCCGCAUUGAAGAAAUUUAUGCUGAACGAUAACGAAAGUGUUGGGCUACCAUCGGCAAAUGGUGUAUUGGCAGACGAUACUGGGGACUCGGAUGAAAAUGCGAGUGUUGAAAGUGACGACACGUGGUUCAGCAUUACUAGCGGUAACCUGGACCAGAGCACGUCAUCACUUAGCGAGGAUGGUGGAAUAAAUGUUAGCGUUCCUCCAAGGUCUGAGAGAAGGACUCGAAAGAGGCCUCGACCGUACACCCCUGGUGGCUCGACAAAGCUUCUUGAUCGAAGGUUAAUGGUUUGCUCCUUCACUGUUCCUUUAAUUUCGGUGCAGUUAAAGAAGCCUCGCUCUGCUGCAGUAUCUUCAUACGCAUCCUAUCGGUACGACACAAGUGACUUUGAUGACGAUCCUGCAGACAAUGGCACGAUUUUGGUGAAGCUGCAAGGUUUUCGCAUUCGAGUGGGCCAAAAGACGUUGUCGACCCAAGUGAAUGUGAGUUUAAUGUCGCUCGAAGUUGAAGAUUUCCUUGAUGCUAGUGGACGGUCGACGCAGUAUUUAUUAUUCUCGUGUCCAACAAUCACCGCUCCAUUUUCGAUCAAAUCUCCGCUACGCCGAGGUGGUAAAUUUCCUGGUUACACAGCUCAGCGUAGACGCCCAAACAGACAACGAGAACGAGUGAUUUCUUUUCAGGCAGGUGGUGCGAAAAACAAUGAUGGUUCUCGGUCGGGAGUUUCCACAUCACCCGAAACACUGUUGGAGCUUGGGUUUAGCUCUCUGAAGGACCAAAAGAGUGGUAAAGAGGUGCUGCGGGACGUGGAUCUGCAACUUGGUUCGGUUCAAUUCAACUUUGACCAGUCGUACGUAUGUUCUCUGCUGGAAUUAUUUGAAGAAUCGUCGUCGCAGCUUGCGCUGCUUACGCCCACUAUCAAGCAGGAGUAUUCCAUGCCAGUAAAUCUUACGGAGUCUGUCCGUGCUGACUUGGAGAGAGCGAGGAAAAACCUGUUCGAGCAUGCACCUGAUACACCAAAAACCACAGCGGCUGAUGGUGGCGACGACGCUCUUCCAGUUGCACUGAAACUUGUUGUGCGACUGCACUCUGUCUCGGUCUGCUUUUCGGAUCGAGGUAAAUCGGUGGUGUCCGUUGCAAUUCUCCAUUCACAAGUAAAGGUUGGUACUGCGAACGCUGGACAGAUCGAUGUGUCCGGGCUGGUGGGUGAUGUGAAGGUCUUCGACUUAUCAUCGAAGAAACGCGAAGAGGAUGGACUUGGUAUUAGCGGUGCAGCACGCGGAUAUGAAUCACCAGCAGAAUAUAUCGAGAUAUUCGGAUUGGACGCCUCUUCCAGUUUUUCGACGGACGACACUCAGCACGUCCUGCCCCCCGAUGAAAAUGCUCAAGAGAGGCAAACAAAAUCGAGGCUGAGCGUGUCAGUGCAACCAGUUCGUUUCCUGGCACAGCCCGAGUUUGUGGAGAACCUAGCCAACUAUGUGGUCGAUGGGCCGCUACGAACCCACUUCUUGUCCAAGCGCGUUGCAUUAAGCGACGCCGGCAUAAGAAAAGAACGCAAGCGCGCGGAUUCGGUUGUGUCCGAUUUUCAGCUAGCUCCGAGAUUCUCUCCCAGCAUGGACCAUCCACCAGAAAGCCUAACGCCGUUUUUUGACGCUGUUGAUACGUCGAACAGAGAAGCAAGACAACUCAAUUUCGAAGAACCAAGCUUCCCGACUCCGACAACAUCCGGCGCUGUAGCUGCUCACGCGAAAGAGAGCCAACAAGACCAAGGCAAUGGCUCUGUAAAGGAAGAUGACAUUGCCGUGGUUAUUGCACACAUUCUUGACAACUUUGACCUGGACGUUGAGCUAUUCCACCCGUGUGUUGUGCUACCCUCCACGCCACUAAAAGACAUACGAGUGUCUCUCCAAUCCCAGCCAUAUCGAGGAAUUGUUUUGGACUUCGGGACAAUAUCGAUCAAGUUGCGGCGCGAAAUACUGGAAGCGUCGCCUGAUGAACCGCUGUGCACACCAUACCAAGCCACAGUGGUUGUCGAAAACCUGCAGAUCACUUCCCUAUCGGACCAAACUUCAAUCCUUGAUCCGUCAGGUUUUGAGAUUCGAUGUAGCAUCCCCCCGCAGGAGAUGAACGACGUUCGUAAGAGCGAGGGAGCCUUACCGGAGAUUGCUUUGAACGUGGAAAUUUACCCGGUCUGCCUAAACGUCAGCGAAACAAACGUGUGCCUCGCGCUGGAAGUAUUCUAUGUGGCGAUUAUUCCGAUGUUUGAUACGGCCCAAGGCGUGAUUCACCAACUUGAUAGCUACGAAGGUGCAUCAGUAGCAGACUCUGCAACUGCAAAUGGCGAUAUGAAAAAGUGGGGGCAACUAACUCUCCACUUCCUGCUUGAGGAGUUCAAGAUUGGUCUGAUUUCGUACUCUGAGGCGCCGCAACAAUUUGAGUCGUGGAUGAAAAGUGUCAUCGAUAUUCCUGAUGAAAUUUCUUCACGUGAAAGCAGCGGUGGGGCAUCAUCUGCAGCGCAAGGGCGAUCUUACCCGCAGCACUUCAUGGGACGACGAGGGAGUUUUCCUAGCGAAAUUCCUUGCUGCGUUAUCGGCGAAAUAGCUUUGGUUGCGCUGGAGGCAAAUCUGGCUAUGAGCUUAAUGGAAACGUCGUUGAUGGAUAGCGAUGUUCAGCUGCAGUGCGAAUUCUCGCUGCAAGAGGCCGUCAUUCGUGACAAAAUUGCCGACCCUACGGAGUUCCUAACUCACUUGAUUGGACCUGUUCCUGGAGUUCUUUUGGAGCGGAUGGAUUCGCGAACAUCCAUUUCGUCUGACAGCUCGUCGAUUUCUUUUCUAUCUCGAGAUGACAUGCUGCCACCGCUACUACGACGAUCGACAUCACAUUCGUCACGGCUGGAUGUGUCGUCGUCGCAGCUCAGUGGACGGCUGGCAUGUAAGCGGGGCGUUGGAGCUGAAUUCGAUUCUACGACAACUGUGAAUUCGCUGGAUGUUUCUGUGUCGUCUGCUCGCUUCAUUCUCCUUCCUCGGACACUACUUCGAUUGGAGCAUUUCGUGCUUGACAUUUUUUUGGCAGCGAGCAAAAAGAGGAGUGAAUUGGAAAUUCAACGAGACGAGGCUCUGGUCAACAAUCCACCCGGAGCUGAUAGCGCCGCGUAUGCUGACGGAGGAGUUGAUCUUGAUGACAACAGGCAGGAAAGUCGUUUUACAGUUCCACCGCUACGCCCAAGAAACGACAGUAUCUCGGAGUCCCUAAAGGACGACCUGAAUGCUGUUCGCUCUGCGUUUAUGUCUCCGCUGCAGCGCAUGCUGAGUUCUGCCAGCGCGAAGGAUACUCGCCCUCCAGGAAGCUUCACAUCUCGAGUGAUUGCUGAAGAGACCGGAAGCGGGACAUCGCGACUCCCGAUACCGCAGUGGAAAGUUGACGCACGUUUUUCGAAUUUGCAAAUGUGGGUGAUAUCUAGCGACCGCAAAGCUGACGUGGCAGGCUGCGUGCUAUCGAGUCAGCUAGCCGCCAAGUUCGACAGCGCACUUGACCGAGCAGAUACAUCCACCCCAGACAGCAAUGAAGUUGUGGCGGCGUCGGUUAGGCUGAGUAAAGUGGAAGUGUUAGUGGGCUCUCCAAAGACUGCUGAUGCAGAUUUUUCCAAGUCUGAACCUCAGCCAAAACCAACACACCACACAGGGACGCUUGUUGAGAACUUUGAGGUGGACAUGCAAUUUGGAUUGCGUCACUGCUUUAGACCUACGCUUGCGGAAACGAUUGAUCCGGAGAGCAGCGAUGAAAAGACUGACAUGGCUGAUAACGCGGCGGUGAAUUUGCCGGAACUUUUCCUGCGUGAUGUUCCAUCAGAAUGGCAGGAAUGGAUUCUUAGUGAGCCGACCGUGCGCGUAAACCAGAUUAUCUCGCAUAUCGCCUACCGGGACUUGCCACUGUUGUUGAAAAUUGCUGAGAGCCUAACCAGUAUGCUCAGUGCCGAAAAGAAGAUCCGAGAUGCGUUUACUGCACGGCUAAAAGCAGCAGCUGAUGAUCUCGACUGGGCAGAUCUGCCAGAUGCACCAGGAGACUAUUCCGAGUAUGCUCACUACUUUGGUGCGGAAGACUUUCGAUUGAUCAACAAUAUCGUGGAUCAAGCCUCGCCAGUUUUGGAGUUUGACUCAAAGGCCAUCGAAGUUCUUUUACGUGCGGAAUCAAACUCAAUGGUAGAAGUUACGGCAUGUUGCCGAGCUGAAGCGAAGUACCAAAACCUGCGUCUGGUGACCAUGGAGCCUUUCAUCGAGCCAUGGAGUGUGAAGGUGACGCUUUCGCAGCAGCACUUACAUGGACGCGGUUUGGAUGAUAGGGAGCAGCCAGCGAUGUCGCCGUGGAAGUUGGAUGUGUCUUCUGAUGUCUUCCUUCAACUAAAUUUGACAGACGCACUGAUUGCAAACCUGGUGGCAGCCGAUCGAGCUUGGCGUUGGGUAGUCAAUGCAGGUGGAGACUCGCGCGAAAUGACGGAGUAUUCCACGUACUGGAUUCGAAACAAUACUGGCAUGCCGCUACGUUACUGGGGUGCAUCUUACAACGAGCAUUCACUUGCGCCUGGUCAAGAGGAACCACUUCGGUUUAAUAAAAUGCAGGCCGAUAGUGACAAAAGGGACAAGAAAGAGAAGCGUCGAAAGGGUGGCCGUCGCAGCACGUACGUGCAUGACCGCCAACUCUUUAUUGCCGUCGAAGAGGAAUAUCCGAGCGACGGUUUAUCCAACAUCCCAAGGAAAUGGCAGAGCGAAGCGCCCAUCCCAGUAGACCAAGUUGAUUCGCGCAUGUACGCGCUCGUGGAUUUUGAAGCAGACGUGACGGCUACGCGAAUGAGGAAGUGUGAGUGCGUGAUUGAUGUACUUGUGGAGCGCGGAUGCAAAUAUUUCGUAGUCCGUUCGACCCUGAAUUUGGAAAAUCAGACCUCGUCAGACCUCGAAGUUGAAUUCGUGCCUCCUCAGCGGCGUUCGAUGUCACGGUCAUUGAGAUCGGGAAAUGCUCCACAAGGACACGUCAUCCCCAUCUGGAAGAAGGUUGUUAAAGCUUCGUCUGUUGUCCCCGUUCCGGUACAUAUUGUUUCCUCCGGAGAAGGUUACGUACUGGUGCGUCCUCCAGAGAUCAAUGGAGCACAUAAUGGCGAUGGGUCUAGCGUCCCACCGAAAGCAUACGCAAAGGAACGAGUGCACCUACCACUUUUUGAUCGUGGAAGCUCGUCUGCGAACGAGAACGUAGUGCACAUGGAGACAGACGAGUCCGGUCAAUCUCAGUGCACUAUCAAGUUCCGUCGUUUGUACAGCGAUCGGCCCGUUCGUCCGUUCAUGAUGAACGUGUGUCUUUCCAGUGCUAGUAGUGCUCUGUACCACCGCACGUUGUCUUUCCACCCACCACUGAUUGUCCACAAUCUGACUGCUGGACCGCUAGACUUUUGUUUGGCAACUCCAAGUGACUGGUCACCUGCAGUGGAAGCUGUGACGUUGACGAACGCAGGGAUGAAUGCAGGAUGGGAAACACGCGAACAGCGUUUACGUGAGCGAGGAACUAUCAAUGUGGCCGACUCUCUUAUUUGGCAUUUGUCAAGCGAGGAGACCCCCCUCGAGCUUAGCGUUCGGAUGAAAGGAUUCGAUUGGAGUGAGCCGCUUGAGCUCGUGGAAGACUUGGGUGACAUUGUGCGCAUUAAGAUGAAAGACCUCGUGAGUGACGCGCAUCUUUAUAUUACUGCGGAGAUUCGAAUGAGCAAAGGCCACUGCCGCGAGCUAUUCCUUUAUGUUCCGUAUUGGAUUGUUAAUCUCACGGGUCUCAAGCUCGAGUAUGAAUACGAGGAAGAGCGCAUGGGGCGCGAACACACGACAACGUUGCUGGCAGGACAAAAGCGCCUGGAUCGCGACGAGCUGCUGCUAAAAGAAAGCCAGAGAGCCAAGGUUUCUCGACGAGAUCGCAAUCCUCAUUUGCUUCACCCUGCUCUAAUUGAAGAUCAGGAAUUCCGCAAGCGACGCCACCCUCGACUUCUUCCGAGCGUACCACCUGUGAAAGGGCUGCUUGACCUACUCCCGAAGACGAUCGAGUAUGACCCACGUAGCCUCGGCCAGCUGGAAGUGUUGCAGGCCUGCCACUCUGACUAUCGGCUGGAUCGUGGGUGCGUUCGUCUGCGGGUAAGCAACGAACGGGAUGUGGCAGCACUCGAUGCAAGAAAGGAUAAUGGACAGCGAAAAUGGUCUGACCCCUUCGUGCUGGAUCAAGCGGGUACAAUUGGAGAAAUUGAAGCGGAUGACUAUGGAGCGAACCGAAAAUUCAGCAUCGGCUACUCGAUCAUUCCGGCAAAGGGGCAAUAUUCGCGAACGAAAGUGAUUAUGCUGACGCCACGGUUCAUGCUCAUUAAUACGAUGAGUAGUGCCAUAGAGGUGUGCCAUUCAUCGUCCAAGAUGAUGACUCCUUCUGUGAUCGACAUGGCCAACACAACUGGUUCAAUGCCAAACUCAAGAGUGAUGUCACCUGUGAACCCCGUGGUUCAACUGGAUGCCGGAGCCUUCGCUGAUUUCCACUGGACACUUCGCUUCGCCAAGACGCGCACGAUUCGGUGUCGUUUUGCCGAAUAUGGCUGGUCAUGGAGUGGUGCUGUACCUCUCAUCGAAUCUGGUGAAUACGCUGUUCGCAUGCGUCAUGAAUCGACGCGGGAAAGUAAGCUGGUACGCGUGACACUGAAGCUAGACUCGUCGUGCGUUUGCGUAUAUUUCCGCGAAGAGCGUACGACUGCACCGCCAUACCGCGUUGAAAACUACUCGUUAGAGACACUUCGAACGCAUCAACAUCGUGUAAGACGCAGUGAGAUCUUGCUGCCGCACCAUAGCUUGGACUAUGCGUGGGAUGAGCCUACAGAAGAGCGGUUGCUUGUUGUGGACAUGCUUCCUUCGGCUGCUGGCGAUAAUAGCCGUCCUCUGCGGAUCGGAAGUUUUGACCUGGAUAAGAUUCAGCAGUACCCCGAUGCACUUGGCGGUACUCUGGGUAUCGAAAUCUCGACGGAUGGACCAACACGCGUACUGCGUUUCACUGAUACACGGUUACGUGGGGAGAAGGUUGCUCCAGCCAACUCCCAGGCUGCCAAUGACGCAACAGCGAAAACUGAGGCUACUGACAGCAACAGUGCCUUGCAGCUUCUCCAACGCUUUGUGGCUGCGCCUACGGUACACGCUGCGCUGCACCUUCAAGGUGUGGGCAUAUCGAUUGUUGAUAGUGCACCUAAGGAGCUGAUUUACAUGUCGAUUUCUGGUAUCGCGUUGGAGCUCCUUGUCAGUGAAGAUGACCGGAACAAGAGUGCUGGAUCGAUCGCUGGAAGUGCAGCUUCGCUAUCACGACUCGAACGUGAGACCCGUCCGCGGAUUAUUGCUUGUUGCCUCGAGGUGAAUGACGUGCAAGUUGACAACCAGUUGCAAGUGACACCGUAUCCUGUGCUGUUGCGCUUUUCAAAUCCAAACGGCCGGUCGCGAACUGUUAACGGACAAACGGUAAGCAUUCCAGUGCUGCAGGUGGGCUUGGUAAAACACGACGAGUACGCUGGUAUCGAGUUCAUCAGGCAUUUCAGUGUGAGUGUUCUACCGGUGCACAUCCGGGUGGAUGGCGCGCUGCUUUAUCAGAUACUUCCGCUGCUGGUACAUGCUAAAAUCUAUGGCAGCGGUGGAAACAGUGCAACGACAACUAAAAAGCGAGCCGUGGUACUGGUGAACGGUGACAGUAGCUGCAACGAUGUUUCGCGAGCAGCCCACAGUCACUUUUUGCUGAAGGAUUUCAACGCCAGUCUGGAGGUCCCGGUAAAGGUUCUCGAGGCCGCCCAGAAGGACGGUACUACUUCAGCUGGACCUACGUCUGGCCCAACAACGCCGAGAAUGAAAACAAUUUCUCGAAGAAGCAGCGGUCAGCAGCAAUUGAUAAGCCCACGGCAUCAGCAUACUGCACUUGCUGCCGAGAUUCAGCGUUACACGGCGACUAAGUAUGGGACUCUAAGCGCGAUUGCUGUGAAGGACGAGCAGAAGAAACUCUACUUCGAAGAGUUCCACAUUGAUCCUAUUCGCGCCACUGUCAGCUUCUCGUUCGGUGAUAGUGCAGGGGCCAUCCUGGAUGGUCAUUCGUCUUCUCUUUCGCAUGCAGCGGCACUGACAGACACGUCAUCUUCGCGAGAUUCAUCCGUCAUUACAGUCGGCCCGCUACGACUGAUCUUAAAUGCAAUCGGUACCAGUUUGACCAAGAUCGCGAAUGCACCGUUCCAGCUCAAGGCGAUACACAUCCACAAUUCAUUUGUGCAGCCCGACGCCUUGGCCACACGGCUGGCUUCGCACUAUCAGAGUGAGGCACUCCGACAAGCGUACGUCAUCCUUGGAAGUGUUGAUGUGCUAGGUAACCCGAUGAUCGCUUGGAAGAAUCUACGCAGCGGUUUCCAAGAUUUCAUCUCCGAGCCAGCUCACGGACUUUCACAGCGAAGUCCGCAAGCGUUCGCCUUCGGUGUUGGUCGUGGCUCGUUGUCACUCGUUCGGGCCUCCGUGUACACUUUCCUGGACUUCAACACGCGCAUCCUCACAGCCUUUUCGCUUGGAUUAUCAGAGGCUUGCCUGAAACUGGAUGACUACACAGGGUAUCCAGCUACGCGGCAUAUUUUCCAGGGUCUUGUGCAAGGCGUCUCAGGUGUCGUGGUCGCUCCGAUCCACUCGUUUGAAGUGAAUGGCGCGCGUGGUGUGUUGCCUGGCUUAGUAGCUGGCGCGUUCGGAGUCGUGCUCAAGCCGUUGCUGGGCUUUUCUCUAGCUACUGCUACGACUGCUGCUACGCUUCGCGAUGCAGUUGACCCGAACACGAAGGCAUUACUCGUUCGUGUGCGACCACCACGCCACAUUGAUCUGCGCACUAAGAGGCUCAAGGUGUAUUCGUACGUGGAGUCCCUGGGCGAGGAGAUUGUGGGCAAAAUCCGGGGUGGCCGUUACCGUGCUGACGGAUACUUGGGCCACGUGGACCUCAAGGCGACUCACCAGUGUUUCCUGGUCACACGCAAGCGGAUUCUGUUCUUAAGCGUCAAGGGUCUGGCCUCAGCGCAAACGACCAAGUAUGAAGUGGAGUGGGAACUGCUGGCCGAAGAAGUUGUUAUGGUGGACUGUUCCAGGACACCCAGUGAACAGAUUGUCACCAUUUACUACAUGGAAGACGAGUUCCGAGCCGCGAGUGGUGCAGGACACAGUGCCCGAGUUGCGAAUGGGCCCAACGCCGUGACCACGAGCCGGCGGCGGACUCCUGGUGUACCCCGAGGCAUGUUCUUGCAGAAGCACGAAGUGGCGCUGCCAGAUACAAAGGUGCUGUUUGUCCGCGCUAUGCUGCAACAGCAAGAACGCUCGCUGCUGACCAAGAUGAACAGCUACACUAAGGAUGGCACGCCGCACCAUGUGAGCCCUGUUUCUUCAUUGGCAAGGACGAACUCGAUGGAUCCUAGUGCAACCUGGCAGCCCCAGCAUCCAUACAUGCCUGUGGAGUACCCGAUCUUCCGGCUACCUCCGUCGCUGCACCAAACUCGCAGUUUUGCUAACCUUGCACCUGCGACGCCACAUCACUACAACCAGCAGCAAAAUCAUAGCUCCAACGAAAGUUAG